AUGUGUAAACGCGGUAAAGAUGCUGAAUAAAUUCAUACUAGCGGUGUGCAUUUCUGUUGUUUUAUCAGAAACACUUGACUGUACAGGUCAACAUCGCUACAGUGCCAGAGGUACCGGAUAUUACCCAGCUGAUGAUCCAAUCGAAGGAGGAUUUUUAGACAGACUUGGACAUCCAUUACAUACACUUCAAGACUUCCUUGAUGGUAAAGCGUCAUGGGUCAGUGUUGCAAUGGAUAGAUACCUACAUUUGCCUUAUGGCACGCAUGUUUGCAUCCCAGAUUUGAACCAUAAAUACCAUCGAGUUAUUCCCUUCAGGGUUGUUGACACAGGAUCUGCAUUCAGUCAUAAAGGAUAUGGAAGAAUUGAUAUUUGUACCAGAUCACAACACGAUUCCUACGACAACACAAUCAAUGGGCACAUAACAUUAGUAUUUCAUUGAAUUGACCGAUUGAAUAAAAUAUAAUGGAUCAACAGUUUUAUUCAAAAUUAGAGUACUGAUUUCAAUAUUUUCACAUUAAAGUUUAGCCAAGAGUAGCUAGAGAAUAGAAAUGUGAUAUCCUAGACUUCUUCCGUUCCGAUGUAAGAUCCUUACAAAAGGGGAGACCCGUAAACCUGCACAAAACCUAUAACAGAUGUAAUUUUGUUUAGUCUAGGCAUGUCAGAAUCAGGGCCCCUGUUGGAAAAAACAUCUUCCAGGUUUUUCGAUACGAUAUUUAUUAAAGUGGUUUUACGUGUGUCUGUUUUCUUGUUAUCUAUCAUACCGGCUCUGUAGAUUUAGAUUGUUUUUUUAUCUAAACUUAUUUUUAAAGUACAUUUUGGUAUGUCCCUUUUGUUAUGCCACUGAUCCAGUUUAAAAGUGUUAGGAUUGAGUGGUCAAGAACAAUAGCUCAACUCACCAUUUGUGCA